UUCAGAGAAACAGAGACAGAAGGAACAAGUGGCUGAAUGAGGCAGGCACUUGGAGAGUGGGGUCAAGUUUUGCAGGAAUUUCUAACCCAUCCUGGAAGAGGUGGCUGCCAUCCAGUGUGGCCCAGGCGGCAUCGGCCUGGUACCUGGAGUCUCCACAUUAGCACCUCCCUUCUGUGGCUCGCGACUGCUGUCUCCAGGGCCCCCCCCUGAUCACUCCCUCUCUCCUGCUCAGCUCCACUGUUGAAAUUGAAAUAGGGGCUGGACUCACUGCACCCCAAAAAUCAUGGGACCCAGGAUAGGGCCAAUGGGUGAGGAGCCCCAGAUGCCAGAAAAGGACACCAAGGCCAUGAUGAACACAGAAGACACACUCAGAGGCAAGGCCAGCCCAAACCCUCAGGACUUGCGAAGAAGUGUGUUCUAUAGCAUCAAGUUCUUCAUCCUGUGCCACAGCCUCCUGCAGCUGGCACAGCUCAUGAUCUCUGGCUACCUCAAGAGCUCCAUCUCCACAGUGGAGAAGCGCUUCGGCCUCUCCAGUCAGACCUCAGGGCUGCUGGCUGCCUUCAACGAGGUGGGGAACACAGCCCUGAUUGUGUUUGUGAGCUACUUUGGCAGCCGGGUCCACCGGCCCCGACUGAUCGGCUGUGGGGCUGCCCUUGUGGCCCUGGCAGGCCUGCUCAUGAGUCUCCCACACUUCAUCUCGGAGCCAUACCACUACGAUCGUGCCAGCCCCGUGGACAUGCAACAGGAUUUCGAGGCUUCUCUGUGCCAGACCGAAACCUUGGUCCCAGCCCCAACCCCCUCCAACAGCAGCUGCUCAAGCUACACAGAGAGCCAUCAUUUGGCUGUGGUGGGGAUAAUGUUCACGGCACAGACCCUGCUCGGCGUGGGCAGUGUGCCCAUUCAGCCCUUCGGCAUCUCCUACAUCGAUGAUUUUGCCCACAACAGCAAUUCGCCCCUCUACCUUGGGAUCCUGUUUGCAGUAACCAUGAUGGGGCCAGGCAUGGCCUAUGGGCUGGGCGGCCUCAUGUUACGCCUUUAUGUAGACAUUGACCGGAUGCCAGAAGGUGGCAUCAACCUGACCUCAAAAGACCCCCGAUGGGUGGGUGCCUGGUGGCUAGGCUUCCUCAUCUCUGCUGGCGCGGUGGCCCUGGCUGCCAUCCCCUACUUCUUCUUCCCCAGGGAGAUGCCCAAGGAGAAGCACGAACUUCACUUUCGGCGAAAGGUCUUGGCGGUCUCAGACUCACUUGUCAGCAAAGGUGAAGAUUCUCCCUCUGAGAAGCAGGAUGGCGUGGUCCAGAUUGCAACAGACCUGACUGUGAUCCAGUUCAUCAAAGUGUUCCCCAGGGUGCUGCUGCGGACCCUGCGCCACCCCAUCUUCCUGCUGGUGGUCCUGUCCCAGGUGUGCACGUCAUCCAUGGUGGCAGGCAUGGCCACCUUCCUGCCCAAGUUCCUGGAGCGCCAGUUUUCCGUCACGGCGUCCUACGCCAACCUGCUCAUCGGCGGCAUCACCAUCCCAUCGGCCAUCACGGGUAUCGUGGUCGGGGGCAUCCUGGUCAAGCGCCUCCACCUGGGCCCCAUGCGCUGUGGAGCCCUCUGCCUGCUGGGGGCGCUGUUCUGCCUACUUCUCGGCCUGCCCCUUUUCUUCAUGGGCUGCCCUACCCACCAGAUUGCGGGUGUCACCUACCAGCCUGGCAACCUGACUGGACCAGAAUUGGUCCCAGCCUGCAGAGAGCAUUGCUCCUGUCCACUGGACGACUUUAACCCUAUCUGCAACCCCAGCACCCACGUGGAGUACCUCACACCCUGCCAGGCAGGCUGCACAAGCCGGGUGGUCCAGGGGGCUCUGGACAAAAGCCAGGUUUUCUACACCAACUGCAGCUGCGUGGCUGGGGGAGGCCCAGUGCCCGCGGGCUCCUGUGACUCCGCCUGCAGCCACCUGGUGCUGCCCUUCAUGUUCCUGGUCAGCCUGGGUGCAGGACUGGCCAGUCUCACCCACACACCCUCCUUCAUGCUCAUCCUAAGGGGAGUGAAGAAAGAAGACAAGACGCUGGCUGUGGGGAUCCAGUUCAUGCUCCUGAGAGUUUUAGCCUGGAUGCCCAGCCCAGUGAUCCACGGCAGCGCCAUCGACACCACCUGUGUGUACUGGGCCCAGAGUUGUGGGCGCCGGGCCGUUUGUCGCUACUAUGACCACGACCUUCUCCGAAACCGGUUUGUCGGCCUCCAGGUCUUCUUCAAGACAGGCUCCCUGGCCUGCUUCGCCUUGAUUUUGGCCAUCCUAAGGCAGCAGGAGAAAGAGGAGAGGACCCAGGUCACCGUACCCAUCCCUGGCCUACAGCAGCAGCAGCCGUUAGUGUCAGGGCCAGAAAAGAAGCCUGAGGAAUAUAGAGCGUGAGCUGGUCCUAGAGUGGCAGCCACUGGGGGUACCUCCUCUGGGCUCUUUGCCCAAUAGUGGGUGUCAGGAACCCCGUUUUCCAAUUCUGACUCCUCUGCUAACUUGCUAUGUGACUUGGGCAAGUUUGGCUCUCUCUGGGCCUUUGUGACUAAUCUGAACCAAAGAGUUGCCUAGGGGGUUGGUGUGUUGGCCACUCCUAAUGCAAGAUGGUCUUCCCCUUUCCUCCCUGAGCCUGACAGGCUGACCUGAACCCAGG